UCUUACUUAUUUCUGCCCGUAGAGAGUUGUGAAUUGAUAUAAUGAUCUGGUAGAAAGAAGAAAAGAACGCCUCGCUUGCUGGCUUGCUUGCUGAUGGGUGAUGGCUGCUACCAACUGAUGCUGUUGUGAGGAUUUGGCGUCGGUUGCGCUGCGUUGCUCUGUCGCCAUGUGGUCAGCCCGCACAGACGCGUAGAAAUUUCGGCAUUGUUCGCUUCUGGCUGUUCCCAUCCAUGGACGGGGGCUGCACUGGUUCUUGUGAACUCCCGUUCUCGACUGAAACGGCCGAAUGGUUCCGUUCUGGCUACAAAUGCAUCUUGCUAGGUCUUGCUAGGUCUUGAAGCUUGGUGCGACGUCGGGCUUCGAGACAGCACACUUCCGUGGAGUCGACUGAUAGAAAGUGAACAGUCUCCAACCAGGCAAACAAAGAAAGAAAAGCUUGAUCUCAAGAUGGCAGUUCACUCGGCACCUCCCAAGAGGAAAGAAAUCUACAAGUAUGAAGCUCCUUGGACGGUGUACAGCAUGAACUGGAGUGUGAGGCCGGACAGGAGGUUCCGUCUUGCCCUGGGCAGCUUCAUCGAGGAAUACAACAAUAAGGUGCAACUGGUGUCUCUGGACGAGGACACGUCGGAGUUUUGCGCCAAGAGCACCUUCGACCACCCAUACCCCACCACGAAGAUCAUGUGGAUCCCGGACACCAAGGGCGUGUUUCCGGACCUCCUGGCCACGAGCGGGGACUACCUGAGGGUGUGGCGGGCGGCCGACGACACGCGGCUCGAAUGCCUGCUGAACAACAACAAGAACUCGGACUUCUGCGCCCCUCUCACGUCCUUCGACUGGAAUGAAGUCGACCCCAAUCUUCUCGGCACCUCCAGCAUCGACACAACCUGCACCAUCUGGGGUCUCGAGACGGGCCAGGUUGUGGGCAGGACAGGACCGCACCCGCAGGGGUCCUCUCACGCGAGCUCCGGCGUCGGCCCCGCAGUGUCGGGCCACGUCAAGACGCAGCUCAUUGCGCACGACAAGGAGGUGUACGACAUUGCAUUCUCUCGGGCGGGGGGCGGCCGGGACAUGUUUGCCAGCGUCGGGGCGGACGGGUCAGUGCGCAUGUUUGACCUGCGCCACCUGGAGCACUCGACCAUCAUCUACGAGGACCCCCAGCACCACCCGCUGCUCCGCCUGGCCUGGAACAAGCAGGACCCGAAUUACCUGGCCACUUUUGCCAUGGACGCCUGCGAGGUGAUCAUUUUGGACGUGCGCGUUCCUUGUACCCCGGUGGCCCGGCUCAACAACCACAGGGCGUGCGUCAAUGGCAUCGCUUGGGCGCCUCACUCAUCCUGCCACAUCUGCACCGCUGCGGACGACCACCAGGCCCUGAUCUGGGACAUCCAGCAGAUGCCACGUGCCAUUGAGGACCCGAUCCUGGCCUACACGGCCGAGGGGGAGAUCAACCAGAUCCAGUGGGCCUCGACUCAGCCAGACUGGAUAGCCAUCUGCUACAACAGCUGCCUGGAGAUUUUGCGCGUGUGACGGGGCUGGCCGGGCACUCUGCCCUCUGCUCGGCAUCAGGCCUCGUAGGGCAACACAACGCCAACUAAGUCGGCAAACCAUGUGUCACCCGUCAACUAAGUCGGCUAAGCACCUGUCACCUGUCAACUACCGAAGUUGACAAACCAUGUGUCACUCGUGAACUAAGCGACAAACUGUGUCUCGCCCGUCAACCAUGUUGGCAAACCAAGUGACACCCAUCAACUAAGUUGGUAAACCAUCUCUACCCUGCCAACUAUGUCGGCCAACAAUGUGUCAGCCAUCAGUCAACUCAGCAAACCUUAUGUAUCCUGUCGGCUUAAUCUGCAAAGAAUGUGUUACCCAUCAACUAAGUUGGCAAGACAUGUAUUUCGAUGAUUGCACAUCAAUCUGUUGCCUUUGUCAAUUAAGUCUGCAAACCAUUCAUCACCCGUCAACUAUGUCGGCAAGCAUGUUGUCACAUUUCAACUAUGUCGGUAAACAAUGUGUCAUUCGUCAGCUAAGUCGGCAAACCAUGCGUCACCUGUCGACUACCUCAGCAAACCAUGUGUCACCUGUCGACUUGCUCGGCAAACCAUUUGUUGUCCAUGAACUAUGUCGGCAGACUAUGCAUCGCCUGUCAACGAAGUCGGCAAACCAUCUGUCCCGAAGGUAGCACGUGAACCUGUUACCUUCGGUCAUCAGACUCUUCUCAUCAGAUUGCUUGGCACACCAUAUGAAACACACUGCUUUAUUUUCUGUGGUCGCAAGCCACUACCCAUUGGCUAGAACUUGUCGCGUCCAUUGAACUCUGUGCGCAGAAUUUGUGGCGCUGGCUCGCACAAACAACUGCCCAGAUCGUGCGUCGUCAUUCGCCAAGACGAGUGGAGCUCGUGCAGUACCUCCGCUCGCUUUAAAUCCAUCUUCGGCUUGUUGGUUUUGAGAAGUUUCUGAAGCAAUUUUGUGUCGUGCUCGUACGUGAAGUGCUGCUACUUUCGGGAGUAAUUCACAAUGUGAGCCGCAUUAUACGCUUCUUAUCGGUCGACAUAGAAAGUUCAUGAAAGUUUGUUGUCUGCUUGCAGGGACUUUUCUGAAACAAGCAGACGACAUUCCCGUGGCAUCCCUAUGUUUGAAGGGAUAUUUUGGCUUUGUUGCCACAUACGUCUUCAUAGACAUUGGUGUUUGUCUUUGUCAUCAUGUGGGACGGGUAAAGCGGUCACGUCUUUCAGGAUAUCGUAAUCAUCACAGAACAAAGCUUUUAGGCCAUUGCAUUGUUUCAUUGAGUAGAGGCAGUUUUCAUUAAUUCAAUGGGCACCGCCGCUACUUGGUGGCGGUGCCUAUUCAUUCAGUAGCAGUAGCACACUUCAGUGCAGAGAAAGACAGUUCCGAGUCUCAAUGCUACGGUGCCAAGAUAUGCGGCAUGCCUUGCCGCGCGAUGAACAUGUAUGAUAGCAAAGUCUGAACUGAGUGUUCUGCUCACACCUUUGAGAUCGCAUUCAUUUGAAGCCCCGGUCUGUAUUUAUCUAUCGGCGUAAUGCGUGUUUUAAUGCUGAUAUGCCUGUGACAUAAAAAUGAUUUGGUGCAUGAA